UUGAUCGCUACCACCGCUGCUUCCGUUACACUACUGUAAGCUCGUAAGAGAACAAAUAUGGCUCCCGCAGCAGCUGCGCACAUCAUGGUGGUCGCUGUGGUUGCGGCGAUGCUCCUCGCGGCGGCGCACACCGCCGACGCCGCCAUCAGCUGCGGCCAGGUGAACUCUGCAUUGGGACCCUGCCUCACCUACGCGCGUGGCGGCGCUGGCCCGUCCGCAGUAUGCUGCAGCGGCGUCAAGAGACUCGCCGCUGCCACCCAGACCACUGUUGACAGGCGCGCCGUGUGCAACUGCCUCAAGAUGGCCGUCGGCCGCAUGAGCGGGUUCAAGGCCGGCAACAUCGCCAGCAUCCCGUCCAAGUGCGGCGUCAGCGUCCCCUAUGCCGUCGGCGCCUCUGUCGACUGCUCCAGGGUCAGCUGAUCUGGAGAAUGCAGAUCAUCCGUGGCCGGCGUUUAGCUCGAUCGGUCGACGCUGAUGAGUUAAGGUUACACCUCUAUAAAUAUACGUGUCUAGAUCGAAUAAAAGCUUGGGUCUCCAUGCAUGAUGGGUUGUACGAACGUGUGUGGUCAGGCCCUGCGCGUGGUGUGCAUGCAUGUACGUCGAGCCAGCUCUCGACGGCCACGACUGAAUCGAUGUUUAUUUCCGUUUGUGCAAGAGUACCAGUGUCGGUGGA